CCGCCGCAAUCCCAGGGGAGCGCGGAGGAGGAGCUGCUCCCCAACUUCGUGGCCCACGGAGGGGUGGGGGUCAGAGGCGGGCUCCUCCGCCCCGAAGGUCUCUGCCCUGACGGCGCAGGCUGCUUCCAGGGGAGCCAUUGCCAUGGAGACCCCUGAGGCUAUAAAGGCAGGUAUUCAGGUGGACUGCAGCUCCCCCGCCGCUGAGUCCCCCAAGUAGGAAGCAAGCGCCCUGGCGGGGCCCGGCCCCCGCAGGAGAGAAGGAGGCGGAGGAACGGCGCCUGCAGCUUGAGGAGCGGCGCGCCCCGCCAAGGGCUAGAGGCUGGCGCGCGCUGCGGGCGCCACGGUCUCAGCAGGGAGCGGGGACUGCCCCGGGUGCGGGUGUGCGGAGCGGCUCCAAGCCCCGAGGGACGGAGGGGCGCUCGACCGGGGAAAACGUCCGGAGACUCAGGAGGAGGCCGAGCUGGGGCUCCCGUCGUCUCGUUGCGGGCCAGGAGCGGAGCCCGGAGUAGCAAGCAGCCCUCACUUCUAGCCGGGAGGCCCACGGAGGGAGCAGCAGGACGCCAGGCGUGCAGCCAGAGUGGCGCGGGAACAAGAGGCGCUGCGCGACCCGAGCAGCGACCUAGGGACCCUCGACCGCAGCGCCCACGCACAGAGGGAGCGGUUCCUGGGCGCGGGAGCCGGGGCGCCCCCCUGCGGAGCUGCCGGGCGGCCCGAGAGCGGCGGCAGGAGCCAUGCUCAAGCCCAAGGACCUGUGCCCUCGAGCGGGUACCCGCACCUUCCUGGAGGCAAUGCAGGCGGGCAAAGUGCACUUGGCCCGCUUCGUGCUGGACGCGCUGGACCGCAGCAUCAUCGACUGCCGUGCAGAGCAGGGCCGCACGCCGCUCAUGGUGGCCGUGGGGCUGCCGGACCCCGCCAUGCGCUCCCGCUUUGUGCGCCUGCUGCUGGAGCAGGGGGCGGCGGUGAACCUGCGGGACGAGCGCGGCCGCACCGCCCUGAGCCUGGCCUGCGAGCGAGGCCACCUGGACGCCGUGCAGCUUCUAGUGCAGUACAGCGGCGACCCCGAGGCCACCGACUCGGCUGGCAAUAGCCCCGUGAUGUGGGCGGCGGCGUGCGGCCACGGAGCAGUGCUCGAGUUUCUGGUGCGCUCCUUCCGCCGCCUGGGCCUGCGCCUGGACCGCACCAACCGCGCGGGCCUCACGGCGUUGCAGCUGGCCGCCGCGCGCGGCCACGGGACCUGCGUGCAGGCGCUCACGGGCCCCUGGGGCCGGGCCGCAGCUGCCGCGGCUGCCCGGGGUUCCAACUCCGACAGCCCCCCAGGCCGCCCGGCCCCCGCGCCGAGCCCAGAGCGUCGACGACCCAGCCCACGCCGCCUGCCGCGGCCUCUCCUGGCACGCUUUGCUCGAGCGGCGGGCGGACACGGCCACGGCCAUGGCCACAGCGGCGAGCCCGGCCCAGCGGGCAAGGGCUCGGGCCGGCACCGGGCACCGGGCGGUGAGCGGCCGGAGCUGGGCCGCAGCAUGAGCCUGGCUCUGGGAGCCAUGACCGAGGAGGAGGCGGCACGCCUACGGGCGGGGGCCCUAAUGCGACCAAACUCACCCCAGUCUGCGGGGACCGGGCGGUGGCGUUCGCAGGAGGUGCUGGAGGGAGCGCCCCCAACCUUAGUGCAAGUCCCCAUCGGCCUUAGUCCCCACCCGGAGGGCGGACCUGGCUCUGGCCGCCUGGGUUUGCGCCGACGUUCCACAGCCCCAGACAUCCCCAGCCUGGUCGGGGAGGGUUCGGGACCCGAGAGUGGCCCAGAGUUAGAGGCCAAUGCUCUGCCCCUCUCGGUCCCCGGGCCCAAACCUUGGCAGGCGGGGACCGAGGCUGUAGUGCUGCAGGCCCAGCGGUAAGCGGCAAGGGCCGAGCUCCAUUCAUUUCCGUCCUGACUCCGCUGUAAGGGCCCUCACUUUCUCGCAGUCUACUCCCCCACCACACACACUUUGGAACCUGUCCCCACUACCAAAGCGAGACCUCCACCAGUCCUCCACCAGAAGUAAGAAAGGGACCCCACCUCCUCUGUGUUCUUUGCUCUAGCCGGUCUGGUCUAGAUCCCUUACCCUCCCUAGGACUUGCCUUUCCCGUGCCUGGAAGGCUCCUCUGUUGGCUUCCACUUUCCAUUAAGGAAGGUGAACUUGAGGCUCGUCUGCCUAGGUUACGGGAGGCUGCUAUCUGGACCCCUUCCUCUUGCUGAGUUUCCCAGCACCUGGCAGCCAGGCAAACAGAAGAAUUGCCUUUUCAAAGGCCAGGCCCCUAGGCUGGGGAUAAUGAUGCUAAUGCAACGAACUACCAGUCUCCCUCUGGCUAGGCUCAGUGCUCCUAGGAGAGGAUCCAGGACCUCUCUGGAUAGGAGGGGCUGAUGGGGAAGGAAUCUGGUAGUCAAGUUUUUCCAGGGUAGAAACUCCUGCUUCAAGACAAAACAUUUUGGGGGUGGCAGAGCUUCUGGCGUCGGUCGCCAGUUGUCCCUUGCACCAGCUUCUGGGUAACAAGCUCCCUGUGACGAUAUGGGGUCAUGGCUCCCCCAGACCCCUGACCAGCCGGCCUGUUCCUCAGCUCCGAUGCAUUUGAAUUCCAUCUUGGUGGGUCAGCCAGUCAUUCCCUGCAGGCCCAGCCUUAAUUCUACGCAUUUCCUUCCCAGAGGCUCGAAAUGGAAGGGACUUAACACCCCCCCACCCCGCCUCCCAGCUCCCCCGAUCCGCACGUGGGUGCUCGGGCAGGGUGGAACGGUUGCGAAGGCUUUUUACUUAAUUGCAUUUCUUCCAACCCUCAAAGAAUUCGUGUUUCGAGGCUUUGUAUAUGAAGCUGAAAGCAGCGGGUCUGAUCCGAGGCUUAAGAAUCUGACAAUGUCUCUUUAAAUAGAAGCUCCACGAGGGGGAUAAUUGACUGAAGUGUUUGCGACGUUAACCGGCGGCGCGCGGGAGUCGCGAGCCCACACGAGCCGCAGUCUCGAUUUAAAUUACAUCGGACUCCGGUGAGAGCUGACAGGGGGCUGUUCAGCGUCUCGUGCUCCUCGCUGGGCUGUUAAUGGAGGGCAGGGCGGAUGGGGGAGGCCGAGACCGAGGACCCCUGCCUCUGCCCGGCCGCGUGGGACGCAGGCCUGGCCCCGCUUCCAGCUUUUAUUACCGGGCAGAUUAGUGACUCAGAGGCACCUGCGGAGAGGCGGUUAAUAGGCCUCUGCUGGCCGCGUCUUUGUCUCCUCCUCCCGCCCCCGCCCUCCCACUCUGUUCCCGCCUAGCGAGGGGGCGGGCGUAGGGGAGGUGACAGAUCGCGUGCGCUAGGACCCCGCGGACGCUGCUCGGGUGUCUGCGCCCGGCCCACGGGGUGGCGGCAGGUGGGGGCGCUUUGUGAACCCCGAGCUUGGAGCGUGCAGCCCCCCUCGCCAGCCUGCGACGUCGUCGAGGUAUUUGUCUGCAGAACGGAAUGUUCUCGCCAGUAACUCCAGGGAGCGGCCCACAGCUGGAGUGACCCUGCCAAGUUAGGGCUCCGCCCAGAGCGGUCCCCGCGCCCGGUGCCCCUGCACCCUGGACGUGAUUCUCCGUGCCCCCGGUGGCCGCCAGCGUUCUCUCUGCGCCCCGGCUCGGAGCCCAGCCUUCUGGUUUUUGGGGAUCACUAUUGUGUACUUCUCCCUCCGUGUGCAUUUACCAUGGACAUUCCCCUUCCUCUUGUAGAACACUAAAUCCAGAUACUUGAAGUCACUUCACAGCAGAGAAGUGUGGGACAGCAAACCAAAAAACGCUCAUUGAGUGAACCCCAAAUUAACACUCAAGUUAAGGCUCCCUGUCCAGGGAGCUCCUUCUGUCUUCUGAAAAAGCUGGCGCUUCCAGUCCUUCCCGGUGGUUUCUGAACACUGAAACCUGCCAGUUACGCGCGGUUUUCUUAUAAUAACUUUUCUUUUCUGAAAUGUUCUGCCCUUUUUCUCUUUGCCCCAAACAUCUGCUUGUCCUCUGUCCCGAGUCUGGAUGAUGGGUGGCUGAUAUCAGAGCUCCUGAAAACCCUGACUGAGAGUCAUGGGUAGGUGGGGGUAACUGGACACUCCACACCAAACUGCUUCUUUGCUUGCUCAUUUACUGCCUUUUCAACUGUGCUUAAUGAAGUUGUUAAUAGUGUUAAAAUACAGGUAUUUUGGCUUGAAACAGCCCGAGGUCUGAGUCACACAUUGCGUCAGAGGCUCCGUCAGUCUUUCCAGGGCCAUGGACAUUUCCGGUGAAUGUCAUCCUCAGCUCACUCUGUUGGAGAACCAGCUCUGUGGAGUGACCUAGAGCUUAGCGGUCGGGUUAAAAUGUUUCUAAAAAAACUUCGGCUCUUUCCUGUCGGAACCAAGCUGUGUGUCUGACUGUCCUGCUGUCUUACAGACACCUUGUUAUGGGCCCAGCUCGAUGUAGAACUCCACUUCCUCACACUCCGCCGCCCUAAACCUCCUGUCACUGCCAGGCCUAGGGCACUGAGGCUGGAGUCCUCUCCAGGUAGAAGAGAUUUGAAAGAUUGCUAAGCAAUUUGUUCUUCCUACUCAUUGCUUUCAUCAUUGUGGAGAGAAGCUCAGCACUUGUCAGCGUGGGAGGCUGAGGGACAUAGGCACACCCUUUUGGAGGGAUACCGUGUGGUAUAAGGACUAGUGGAACUCAAGAGAAGAGCUAAUAA